AUGUUGCACGCUUACCUAAAUCUAUAUGGACUAACGCUGACUUAUAAUAGAUCAUUCCACCUCCUCACGUUUCUGGUUUUUGGGACAUAUUCCUACAUUUUCAACUUUGACCACGCGUUAAAGAAUGAUAAAAGAUUUCGCAAAUACCAAAUCAGGCAGGAGAUCAAAGACUCAACACUUGCUAUUGUUGCAAUGGACAUUACUAACGUCCCUGUCGCAAUGCUACAACUGAAUGGCUGUUCAUUUCUCUAUGACUCAAUGGUAGAUGGGCCUGGGUUGUGGUAUGAAAUGCUGCAAUAUCCAUUGGCAAUACUGUUUAUGGAUACUGGAAUAUACUGGCUACACUGGAUGUAUGAUGGUCAGAAAUCGAAACUUCGAUAUGCAGACAAUUAA